AUGGGGGCCCAAGAUGCACAGCAGCAGUCGGACAAUAAUAGGUCAAACCUAGAACGGACUUCUUCCGCCGACACCUCGUCCUCAUUGCCGCCGCAGCUAGAGACCGUCCCACAGGCAGCUCAGCGCAAGCUUUUUUCAUCCAAAUUCCCCUUUAUGCGAACCUCUACGAGCUCGACGACCAAGGACGACCACAAUGUUGAUCCCAGUGACCCGGCUCCAGGCGCCCGCGCCCUGGCAAGCGCUCUGCAACAGCAGAAGACUACACGGCUCACAUCGCCGGGCAUUCCAGCAAGCCAAGUCGCCUUUGGGAUACAGUGGACUCUCAGCUGCGCCAUUACCGCCGGUGAAGGUCGAGGUGUCUGGAGCUGGGCGUGGGACAUUGGCAAGACACCAUACGCGCCGCCAGAACUCGAGGAUGACCCAACGUUGCCUAUUCCCUCUUCUCACUCCUCUGCGCAUAUCAGCUUCGACGACGUCAAUCCGAAAGCCGGUCGCAACAUGGCUAUGAGCACGCUGCCGCCACUCGAGCCUCAAUGGACUCAGGCUGUUGAGCUCAUAGACGCUGCUCACGCCCAGGACCCUAACGUCAUUCUGGCGACCGGGGCCGCAAAACCCCUCCCGUAUGAGCUACACUAUGCGUCGAAGAUGACUAGCUGGUUGGCGAAAAGGGCGCCCCAGGCGUCACCCACGCUUCAGCUUACGAAGACCAGGUGGGAGCUUCCGAGGAGCAGCUUCCCGAUGGGUCGCUCAGGCUAUCUGACCUGGCGCUCGAAACAAAAAUCGCAAGCUUCAGCGCAAGUAUUUGACCUUUUGGGCACACCUUCUAUCACGCCAGCCAUCUCAGAAGCAGACAAAGAACGCGUUGCAUUGCUUGUCCGAAAGGGCAAUUUGACGACAGAUGAUGAAACGCAAAUCCUAGAAGACGUCGCAUGCCUGGUUUUUCUCGAUGAUCAAUUUGACGACUUCGAAAGGAAGGCGGAUCUGGACGAAGAGAAGAUGAUCAACAUUCUGAGGAAGACUUGGGGUAAAAUGAGCGAGAGCGGUCGACAGCUGGCGCUUGGCAUGGAGCUGAGUGAAAAGGCCAAAACAUUGAUAGGGAAAGCUCUACAGUCUUGA